AUGGCUUCUCGUCCGCUUGCCAUGAUGAGCCGAAGGGCCACGGCCCGCCUCGUGCAAUCGAACGUCCAGCGCAUGGUCCCGGCUGUGCAGAGCGUUCGCACCAUCACCUCCACAACCGAUAAGAAGGAGCUGCACACCUCGUCGGCCAUCCAGGCUGAGGCGAAGAAGGCCCCCGCCGCUGCUACCGGUCUCUCGAAGGGACGUCUGGUCGCUGUCAUCGGUGCCGUCGUCGACGUGCAGUUCGACGAGAACCUGCCCCCGAUUCUCAACGGACUUGAGGUCACCGGACGCUCCCCGCGUCUGAUUCUCGAAGUCUCCCAACACUUGGGUGACAAUGUCGUCCGCUGCAUUGCUAUGGACGGAACUGAGGGUCUCGUCCGUGGCCAGGAAGUCGUUGAUACCGGAGAUCCGAUCAAGAUCCCCGUCGGACCCGAGACUCUCGGCAGAAUCAUGAACGUCAUCGGAGAGCCCAUCGAUGAGCGCGGACCCAUCCCCUCCAAGCAUCGUGCUCCCAUCCACGCUGAAGCUCCCGAAUUCGUCGAAAUGUCCGUCGAACAGGAGAUUCUCGUGACUGGCAUCAAGGUCGUCGAUCUGUUGGCCCCGUACGCCAAGGGAGGAAAGAUUGGACUGUUCGGUGGUGCUGGUGUCGGAAAGACUGUGCUUAUCAUGGAGCUGAUCAACAACGUCGCCAAGGCUCACGGAGGUUACUCCGUCUUUGCCGGUGUCGGAGAACGAACCCGUGAAGGAAACGAUCUCUACCACGAAAUGAUUGAGGGAGGUGUCAUCGACCUGAAGGGCAACAACUCGAAAGUAUCGCUGGUGUACGGACAGAUGAACGAGCCCCCAGGUGCCCGUGCCCGUGUGUGCUUGACUGGACUGACUGUCGCUGAAUAUUUCCGUGAUCAAGAGGGACAGGAUGUGCUUCUCUUCAUCGACAACAUCUUCCGUUUCACCCAGGCCGGUUCCGAAGUGUCUGCCCUGCUCGGACGUAUCCCAUCUGCUGUCGGUUACCAGCCAACCCUCGCCACUGACAUGGGUCAAAUGCAGGAGCGCAUUACCACCACCAAGAAGGGAUCCAUCACCUCCGUGCAGGCCAUCUACGUGCCCGCUGAUGACUUGACUGACCCUGCUCCGGCCACCACCUUCGCCCAUCUUGACGCCACCACUGUGUUGUCUCGUGGUAUCGCCGAAUUGGCCAUCUACCCGGCCGUCGACCCGCUCGACUCGACCUCCCGUAUCAUGGACCCGAACAUUGUCGGACACCACCACUACGACAUUGCACGUGGAGUGCAGAAGAUCCUUCAGGACUACAAGUCGCUUCAGGACAUCAUUGCCAUCCUGGGUAUGGAUGAACUGUCGGAAGAUGAUAAGCUGACCGUGUCUCGUGCUCGCAAGAUCCAGCGUUUCCUGUCCCAGCCCUUCCAAGUCGCCGAGGUGUUCACUGGACACGUUGGAAAGUUCGUCAGCCUGGAGGAGACCAUCCGUGGCUUCCAGAUGAUUUUGAAGGGAGAGCUCGACCACUUGCCGGAAGUUGCCUUCUACAUGCAAGGAGGAAUCGACGACGUUUUCAAGAAGGCUGAAGAGCUCGCCAAGACCCACGGUCAA